UGCACCGAACGCUGUGAAGGACAGAGCCCAUCACCACCAUCAUCACAUUCAUACGUACUCAACUACAGGUAGUUUCCACAAAAAUAAAGCUCAAUCUAUUCGAUUCGAGGUCAACAAGAAAAACCAAACCAAGACCGAAAGUGCUUCAUAGCAAACGACAAAAGAGAAGCGAAAUCGAAGGCACACACACCAUGCAGACCGGGUUCUUUUUCAAUAAUAUCGGUAGUAUCCGCAACUCCGUGUGUAACUAUGCGAACAAGGAUACCGGGAGGCGGACCAGACGGCCACCCGUCUCGUCAAAAAAAAAUGUGCGGGGAAACUGCUACAGGCACGGAACCAGCGGCAGCAUUCAGAAACUGAAACGAUCCCUGGCCAUUGCCACCCUUGUACUUGCUACCGCAAGCAGCAGCAACGACCAUUUCUUCGUCGACGGAAGCAAUGCGGCGAGCGCCGCGAUGGGGGCCCUGAAAAACAUGGACUAUCGAUACUUUGUGGCGGGUGGAACCUGCGCCGCCUUUUCUCAUGGGAUCACCACACCGAUCGAUGUUGUCAAGACCAAGCUACAGGCCGAUCCAGAGGUGAGUGCAAUAAUGAACUCCGGCUUGUAUUGAGUGCAUUGUGCUGUACUCUGUUGUAUUGAUACCAGAGCGUUGAUUGCAAUCGUAUGAGCGACAUCGGGUUUUCGGAUUCAUUCGCCUGACAGGAACCAUGGAUAAAUAGAGGGAGCAGUGAAAUUUGCUGUCUAAUUUUGAGAUAAAGGAAAGAAGGAUGGAACAAACAAACAAAUUUGGAAAUGGACACUGUAUGGUGGACGACGAUCAGUCAUUUAUCGGUGUAAUGUGUUUCCAGUUUUACAUGCAAUGCGUAAACAUAACGGACAAGUUGUUGUAGAGGAUCGAACAGACAAGAAGACACUCGAUGGUGGUAUAUUCGAAGGAUUCGAUUUGAUUCGAUAUAGUACAAGACGAGACCAUGCUUUCGGCCUCCUGCUUGCGCACUAAACAAUGCACGCUUGGCACGCAAACCUCUGCCAUCCUGUUCACACCGAGGGCAAGCAUCCGGUCUUUCAACGCGUCUCACAUUACAAACGAAGACCAAAGCAACGAAGCGGGCGACGAGAUCAGUGAUUUUCGAAACCCGCACCAUACCACGCCACGCUAGAAUAUCCCUUUGCUUUGGUGGUUGCUUAUGUUCUUUUUGUUUGUUCUUUCUCCUGGAGUAUUUCGAUCCAGAACCAUUUAUAAUUUUUGUUUGUUUGUUAUCGUCAUUGUUGCAAUAAGUAUGAUGCCCGCUGCUUGGUCAUUUAUUCGUUCCUCCUAAACCCAUUCGAUUCUUUUGCUGCGUUCAACAAUUUAUUCCUCUUUUUUCACAACAAACAAAACAAUCAACCCUCAAAUGACUGGAUCGCUUGCAACAAACCGAAAAAAUCGAACGUAUAAAACGCGACUUGCGUGAAUCGUUGGAACGAAUGAAUUAAUCCGUCUAUAGAAAUUCGAGGGCAAGGGCCUCGUUGCCGCCACGCUGCAGAUUUGUCGAGACAAAAACUCCGGGGGAUCGGCUGCUCUAUUGAACGGGCUGGGACCCACUGUCCUGGGGUACGGGAUCGAAGGCGCCAUGAAAUUUGGUGCGUACGAGGUGACCAAGCCCCUGUUCCUCACGCUACUGGGCGAAAGACGCAAGGUCACAGCAUUUGUCCUGAGUAGCAUCGUUGCCGGAUCGAUCGCCGCCGUCCUCUUGGUGCCUAUGGAAUCUCUUCGCAUCAAACAGGUAACAGAUGACUCCUACAAAGACGAUACAAUCCUAAGUGGAAUCCCAAGGAUCAUUCGCGAUGACGGAUUCUUGGUAAUGAUGUCGGGCGUCUGGGCUAUGCUGGCCAAGCAGGUCCCAUAUACCUUCGGAAAGCAGGUCAGCUUCGACUUAGUGGCCAAGUUUUUGUAUUCGGUAACGGAAACUCUGUCGGUGUUGACCAAGACUCAGUUGAAAUGGAUUGUUUCGCUGCUUAGUGCCUUUUGUGCCAGUAUCGCGGCCUGUCUAUGCAGCCAACCUGGGGACAUGAUCCUGACCGAUACCUACAGUAGCAGCCGUAGCAAGCCCGGAAGUUUUGGAACGGUUGUUCGUGGAAUCUACGGAAAAGGUGGGCUGCCCGGAUUCUUUCGCGGCACCCAGGCCCGAUUGGUACAUGUCGGUAUGAUUAUCACCUCUCAACUGAUGGUGUACGAUCUCGUCAAGCAGCUUCUGGGAUUGCCGGCCACUGGGUCGCAUUAACACAUAAAAAUGGAGAAUAAUACCAAGCCAUGGAACGAGCUGACUAUAUAGGUCCAAGAAAGCAACCUACAGUGUUCCAUAAACGACACAAAGGAGUUCGUGCGAGUACUGUAAUAUACAGCAAGAUACCUU